CACCGCCCGCGGCCCCACCUCCACGGCAAGCACAACUCGGCCCCCAUGUUCAUGCUGGACCUCUACAAUGCCAUGUCCGUGGAGGAGGGGGCGGCGGGGGCCGCCGCUGAGGAGGGCGAGGGCUUCUCCUACCCCUACAAGCCCAUCUUCAGCACCCAGGGGCCGCCCCUGGCCAGCCUGCAGGACAGCAACUUCCUCACCGAGGCUGACAUGGUCAUGAGCUUCGUCAACUUGGUGGAGCAUGACAGAGAGUUUCACCAUCAGCGCUGCCACUACCGAGAGUUCAGGUUUGAUCUCUCCAGAAUCCCGGAGGGGGAAGCGGUGACGGCUGCUGAGUUCAGGAUAUAUAAGGAUUACAUCCGCGAACGCUUCGAUAACGAAACGUUCCAGAUUAGUGUCUACCAGGUACUCCAGGAGCACCCGGGAAGGGAUUCAGAUUUGUUCCUGCUCGACUCUCGAACAAUCUGGGCUGCAGAAGAAGGGUGGCUGGUGUUUGACAUUACCGCAACCAGUAAUCACUGGGUGGUGAAUCCCCAACACAAUCUUGGCCUGCAGCUAUCCGUGGAAGGCAUCGAUGGGCAAAGCAUCAAUCCCAAACUGGCGGGUCUUAUUGGAAGGCACGGUCCGCAGAACAAGCAGCCGUUCACGGUAGCCUUCUUCAAAGCCACCGAGGUCCAUCUGCGCAGUAUUCGCUCCACGGGAGGGAAGCAAAGAAGCCAGAAUCGAUCAAAAACGCCAAAGAACCAGGAAGCUUUCCGGGUGUCGAACAUCGCAGAGAACAGCAGCAGCGACCAGCGACAAGCCUGCAAGAAGCACGAGCUCUACGUUAGCUUCAGAGACCUGGGGUGGCAGGACUGGAUCAUCGCUCCGGAGGGCUAUGCUGCGUAUUACUGUGAAGGAGAAUGUGCUUUCCCAUUGAAUUCAUACAUGAAUGCUACAAACCAUGCCAUUGUACAGACACUGGUUCACUUUAUAAACCCAGAGACUGUGCCGAAACCCUGCUGUGCUCCUACACAACUCAAUGCCAUCUCAGUGCUCUAUUUUGAUGACAGCUCCAAUGUUAUCUUAAAAAAAUACAGGAACAUGGUGGUACGAGCAUGUGGCUGUCAUUAGAUUUGUAGGAAAGAAAAAAAGUUAUUUGUAAAGAGUGGUUUUGUACGGCUGGGGGGGGAGGGGGAAAGGUUAACUCUCCAGCAAUGGGUUUAAAAAAAAAUCCCAAACAGUUUUUAGGACCAGGCUUCUGAAAGUUCACACAAUGGAACAGUUUCUGGAUCUAAGUGGCAUUUGAACACAUUUUGUUUUAGUUUAUUACAGACAAUGAGCUUGUAAACUGAAACAAGCCAGAGAAACCAUUUAAAACCAAAUCUGCCUACAAAAUUGGCUCCUACAAUACGUACUUUUGCAAACAAGUCUUUCUGAAGAUUGCAAACUCACCAGUGUUGAUUGUGAGUUAAAAAAUAAUAAUCUAUCCAAGGUGAGAAUGUGCUGUGACUAAUAAGCAUGUGUAGUUCCUGUAACACAGUUUGCAAUAAAAUAAGUGA